CCAUCCCCUCAUCACCAAUUGGCUGCUCCACAAACCAGGACGGUACUCAAUCAUGUCUUCCGCAAGGCUCGUCCUCCGCUCCUCCAGGGCCGUCUUCUCUUUUUCGCGCCCUCUCAGCUCCUCCGCCGCGCGCUUCGGCCUCAAUGAGCGCGGCAACGACACCACCGAAGCAUGGCGCAAGAAGCAGACCGAGAAGCCUCUCAACCCGCACAUGACAAACACCACCUCGACCAUUGCGAACGAGCUGCCCAGCCUUGGCAAGGAUGGUCCUCCGCCCGAGAUGCUCACGUCCAUCGACCCAAACUUCACGCCCAAGGACUCUGUCCCUGAGAACACCGAGCGCAUGACUGGCGGCACACAGAAGGGCGGUCCGCAGGCCGGUGUCAACUCUGAGCUUGGCGUGGGUGAGAUCGAGGGUGGCAGCUUCAAGGUUGAGCCCAUCCGCCGCACCGGCGAAGACGCCAACACCAUGCGUGCAAGGUUAUUAUACCAAAGCAGGAAGAGGGGAACCCUCGAAAGUGAGCUUCUCAUGUCCACCUUCGCCGACGAAAACCUCGGAAACAUGAACCAGAAGCAACUGCAAGACUACGAUCGCUUCCUCGAUGAAAACGACUGGGACAUCUACUACUGGGCCACGCAAGAGCCGAACCCCACUUCGGCCGAGUACGCUGAAGGCGCUGGCUCCGACAUGGCCACGCCGACUGCUCAAGGCGAAAACCCGCCCAUGCCGCAAGACAGGGCUGGCACCUGGGCAGGCAAAACCGGCGAGUGGGCGCAGACCGCCGGCACGUUCAAGCCUGCAUACAGGCCGGUGCCUCAGCGCUGGAAGGACUCGGAGGUCUUGUCUUUGCUCAGAGAGCACGUCAAGAACCGUAGCGCUGCCGGCGUUGCUGAAGGCGACGCGGAAGUGGGCGGAAAGUCAUUGAACCAGAGCGUCAAGGGCACUGGCGGCGGUGGGCUUGGAAGGAUGCCUGAGGUCAAAAAGUUUGACUCCUGAUUCGUCGGCUCGUAUCCAUUGGUCUGUAGUUUACUGUAAUAUGUCGUAUAUUGUAGAAGCAUUGGUUGUGCAUAAGUUGACUAGGUAGUCAUUGACUUCACUGCCCCCACGCCGGCGUUUCUCCC